CGCCCAGCCAACUCUAUCGUCAGCCAUAGCGUUUUGAAAUUUGGACCUCGAUCCGUACCCGGCAACUUUCAUCGAGGUUUACGACACGUAUUUAUGAGCGGUCAUCAUGCUAUUUCCCAGGUUAGGCUUCUCGAAGCAAGAGAGAUGGUCACUCGCCCACCGAGUUUACGGGCUUGACGACACACUCUUUACUGGACUCACGACUACUGAGAAAUGUGCUUCGCAUGCGGUUCCCACAGCCUCUUCACCAUUCUUAGUUGGUCUCAGGUCCGGUGACUGAUGUAACAGCCCCAGUCGAUCGGACGUAGUACAGUAUGGACCCAACGAGGCUCGGUAUCUUCAAAAUGCGGCAAUUCAUCAACAUGUUUCCUAAUAACGCUGGUGGCGGCGGUAAUUGCCACCCAUAAGUACUAUGGGUAGGGUUUGGACUGGAGUUUCGGAAUUCUGCCAUGGAGCAAGCGCCGAGUUUCAAUGCGAACCCCAUCCUUGGUCCCAUUAUAAUUGGUGCGGUGGUCUCAGGAGUACUGUAUGGGGCCGCUACCGUCCAGGCAUACCUGUACUUUCAGAGAUUCCCCAGGGAUAACUGGAAAAUCAAGAGUCUGGUUGCAUUCGAGAUAUCGAUUCAAACGAUUCAUCUGGCAUUUGUGAUUGCAGGGAUGUGGGCAAUGGUCGUGGCGGAUUACGCCGAACCACAACAGCUUACUAUUCUCCCUGUACCCACUGUCGUCACAAUACUUCUUUGUUCUCCGAUCGCGUUCGCUGUCCAGGCGUAUUUCGUUCUGCGAGUGUACAGGCUCUCAGAGCAACCACUUCUUUUGAUCUUGGGCGGCCUCCUCGCCAUUUCAAAAUGCGCACUUCACCUGGUGUUUGGUAUCGCUGCCUCCAUCGUGAGGGACGCUGUGACGCUCGCCCAUAACUGGGGUUGGUGCAUUACUGGCUUUCUAGUCCUUUCUAUUGCGUGUGAUACCUUGAUUGCGAUGGCGCUGAGCCACCACCUCAAUCUGCGGAAAACUGGGUUUGACCGGACAUCACGGAUCAUCGAUCGCAUGAUAAUAUACACUCUUGCAACUGGUCUGAUAACCAGUACGACAGAACUGGCGGAGGCCGUUUGCUUUUGGACAAUGAACGACAAUUAUGUGUGGAUGGGUCUUUACGUUAUCGAAUCUGGGCUGUAUACGAAUUCGCUUCUUGCCGCGCUAAAUAGUCGUGCACUCUUCAAUCGGCUACGGAACUCUGAGGUGCCUUAUGAAUUAGGGUUUAGCCCAAGAGGUUCAGAGACUGCAGGAUCAAGCUACAGGGAUCAAAAGGCUCCCCAACCUAUACUAAUCAAUGUCACCCACGAGACCGUGUCCUCACAAGUUGAUGAAGCCCCAGUAGGUUCACACGUCAGGGAGGGGGAUAAUGUAUUGACCCCCUACGGUGCAGCUCUCACCAGUCCGAAAUAAAUG